GGCUGUGUCAACACCAAGCUUUGCUGUUUCGUUACAAAAACUCACGAAUUCAAUCAAACCUGAGGACAUACUGAACUUCUAUUAUGUGUCAUCCGAAAGAGGUUUUGUUUUACAUCAUAAAAAUGGUGACGUUGUGGUUGUAAAUAUUGGAGGCGAACCAGAAAACAACAAUAUCAUCGCUCGAAAUGUUCUGCAGUUGCGCUUACACUCAGGCAGGAGGACCGAGGCUUUGCCGCAAGCAUCAUUGUCCUUUCUUGCUCUAAGUCAGGACCUCUGUCUAAGCCUACACGAUGUAUCCUUGGGUCGUGAUUCAGAGUUGGUCAGAUCAUCGUCCAGUGCAACAUGCACUAAACGGCAGAUGGAGACAUUGUUGCAGGAGCACUGGAAAGGAGACUUACAUGUACCUGAUUCAUCCCACAUCCAUCUCCUGGCAUUUGAGUCAUCGACGGCAGCCGUCCUCUGUGGCAGCCUCUUCUUAGAGUUGACCCUCCGGGAGGACAGAGAGCCAGAAUCCAAGGAAUGCCUGGCCUUGGUCUGGGACCCCAAGGAGGGCAGCGUGGUGCACUGCCAGAUGCUGCAUGGAUUGGUCUUCCUGUUGCACCAGUCUGGAAACAUCACUGUGCAUUCAGUGAGCAAGAAAGCAGCAGUAGCCACCGUCAACUUCCAGAAGUUUCUCCAUCACAUCUUCCCCAGCGCUAGCAUGGAAAUGCUCCAGCCUCUCCACCCCGAACACCUGGAGGUCAGUCCCGACCUGCAGACAUUAAUUCUAACACAGCACCAGGCUAAGUUCAACAUCUACAAGGUCAACCUCAAUGAGUACUUCGACACCUACCCGUAUCACCUCCGAGUUCAGAGGUCGGGUAGGUUUACUUUCCCUGCAGGGAGCUGGAGAGAAGGGGAUGAAGACAGGAUCACUUUUCUGCACGGUGGGGUCAGAGUUCAACAGGAGGGAACUGGUGGAAACAGGAGCUGGUUGAAUACGUUGUCAUCAGCCUCGAGGGUCAUCUCACGGACUAAGAUAAUGCAACAUCCAUCCAGACAAUCAGAUGCUCUUCAGUCAUUCCAUCAUUGUGAUCCAGCAUCCAGAACCGAGCCUAACUGGCUUGAGCGUGUGGGCUUGACAGAACUAACUACCUCAAAAUCUGGUACCACUUUCACAGAGCUGGUAGACUCGGGGAACAAGCAUAAACUCGGAGGCAUUUCUGGCUUUGACAAACCCAGACCGAGGCAGGAGUCCCUCGGUUCUUACCGGCCGAAACUCAUCUUCAAGAAGCGCGACGAUGAUUCAUGCGUGUCUUCCAGGCCUUCGGCCGCAAUCAGAGCCACGAAAGCCUUCCGGGACCUGAAGGUUGCUGGCAUGUCCCUUACAAGGACCUCUGCCGUGAUAUGGUACAGAGGCAAUGCCAAGCUUGACGUGAACAAGGGACAGUAUGGAGGGGUGUGUCUUAUUGACCUGAGGACAAAUGGCAUUGAUUACUUCAGCUUUGCAGAGCCUGUUGCCGUCACCUUUUCUCACGACUCCAGCCAUCCACACCUUCUCUUAUCAAGUGGCAGCAUUGAGGCCAUUGCCUAUGGUGUGGAUCAGGAGACCCUUGUCAAUAAGCUGAUGAUCUUCUGCAGUGCCAGCCUGGCUGAGACGGUAUGUCACUUGAAUCAGUGGGAUCAUUACUCCAUACCCAUACAUGCCCUGGAGGUUGGCCUCAAGCAACGACAGCUAGACACGGUGGCCUUCUUCCUCAAGAGCAGGGAGAAUGUUUUCAGGUACUGCCCAGUUCCUAGCUCUACAGCCCGCGUGGGCAGCCCCCGCACCCCCCCUCCUCCUACGGCCGACCAGACCCAGCUCUGGCCGGCCCUGGACCUGCUGAUGGCUUCAAUCCGCGCCCACGCCCGUGAGCACCAGUCACGGCAGUACGCCCUGCAGCUGCUGAACCUGACACUGGCCCACGCAAACCGGCUGGUAUGCAACGCUACGGAGACAGCCCAGAUACUGCGACAAGAGGAAGACGGGGGUGGGCCGGGCAUCCUGGAAGGGUUCAACCUGACAGAGGAGGUGUUGGCGAAUGCCCUCCAGAGGCUGAGGGGGUACAUCCAGGAGAUGUGGGUGUACCUGAACGGGUGUCCCAAAUGGAUCGGGGAGAAAGAGACAGAGGAAAUGGCAGUAAACACAGAUGAGGUUGAUUCGGGGUCGAGAAAUUACUUUCUGCCAGAGGAGAAAACAGCACAGAUACACAUCAAGAAGUGGCAGAAAAUGGCACAACAGGAAGUGAUCCAAGAUGCCAUUUUGAAUCGCUGUCUGCCACUGGCCCAGGCCUACUUGUGCAGUUCCCAUGGAGCGUCAGAGGGUAAUGUUCAGAUGUCAGAUUUGAUUGACCAAGGGCUCCAUCUUGUGCUUAACUCUCUGCUAAAUGCUGACUUGGACACGGCCACCAAGAUGUUGCAACACAUGGGCUAUGAUGUCAACACAGAGUUGAAGAAGAUGUGUCUAUACACAGCUAACCACAACCUCAGAAACUUCUUGAUUGACCACCUCAGCCAAUCAGGACAGUUUACAGUUGAGGAGGAGGGCAUGAUAAGCUUCAUCCACCAAUUAGAGCACCUGUACACAUGCCAAUCAUUUGAGAGGGCAAAAGCAUUGGCCUUGGAAAGCGGGAAGAGAGCAUGGGCAGGGGUCGUCCCUCCCAAACAGUCCCUGAACUUCUGGGCGCAGAACUUCCUGGAGAACAGCCUUCACCGAGGCGAGCUUGUCAUCAGUGAGCCACCCAACUGUGAGAACUUCCACUAUGCCCACAUUGUGCUGGAGUGGGUUCGAACCUGGGACCAGGAGAUGAGAGAGCGAGUUUUACUGGACGUUCUUCUGAACUCCAAAGGUAUCUCUUUCAGACCGCCCGUCUCUCCUAAGUCCACAUGGCGCUAUCUGACUGCCCACUUCCACAGCAAGCACCUGGUGGAUUGGAUUACUGCCAGCCUGCCCCGAGCAGGCAGCCGUGCCAAGCCUGAACCCCUCAGCCCUGUCCUGACUCAACCACUGUAUGCACAGGGGGCGGAUGACUUGGAGGGCUGCCCAGGCUAUUUGAGGGAAAAGAUCCUGGAUGAACUUGCAUGUCGUGGAAUCUUCUCAUCCAUGGAGCUUUCCAAGUUUGACCAGCUCUUGACCCGACUCAGCCGCACCUUACAGGUGUAUGCAGAUCCACCGUCGCUCCACGGAGACCUUGACAUCAGGGAGCGAUUCAACCAGUGGUUUAUUGAACUCUGUCUCAGGGAGGAACUGCCUAAUGUCUUGUACCUCUACCUUGACUACUAUGGGUUGUAUUUGUCUGAGAAUGAAGUGAUAUCGAUGCAACCACCGCUAAGCGAGAGUCGAUGGCUAGAGAUGCUUCUACACUUCCGAUGGGUCGGACGGCAAACGACAGAUCCUUCUUUGAUAUUCCAAGCCAGCCUCUCCAACUCCCAACUGUUGCUAGGUGACAGCCAACCAACAGUCUCACAACUCGUAUCCAGUCAUCCACUGGUUGCCCUGGCAACCCUCAUCUUUGCACCAGGAACAUUCUCUGAGGCCAUGACUCCAGCAACCACCGUUGAAGAGCAACUGUGGAAGGUAGAUUCCGAAGCCUUGGAGAUGGCCCUGAAGGCUUACCCUAAGCUACAAAAAGCCGUCUUUCCUCCUAUCGAUGUAGACGGGGUCAGUCAGCAGGAUAUCACUGUCUACCAACUGCUACAGGGCAACUGUCCAUAUGAUCCAGCCAGGUUGUUUAAGUGGCAGUCAACCAACCCACUGGUCAACAAACGAGAUCGUACCGAGAUGCCCCAUUUCUCCCAGCAGCAUCUCGCCGAGCGGUACGCCUACACGGAGGCCUUCCGUUUCACCCACUACCUCUACCAGGGCCGGCCCUCCUUUGCCUACCUGGCAUUCCUGGCCAGCCAGCUCCAAGGAGGAGGGACCCUCACCAAGAAAAAAGUCCUAGCAGCAUACUUAAAGGCCUACUGCACAGCCAUCAAGUACUUCUCCAAUCGUACGAUUGCCGCAGCGUGCGUUGCAUUCGUUGAGAUGCUGGGGCAGGACAGCAUGUCCAUGCGAACUGACCUCCAGACUGCCCUGACCAUACUGGAGAGCAGCGAAGUGAGAGGUGGGGCCAAGACCAGACAGGAGAGAGAGCAACUGGAACAGAAUCUGGUCAAGAGGCUACUUGCUUGUCUCCAAGGCUCAAGGAGUAAUGCCGAAGAAGUCCUGAGAUUGCUGGAGGAGGCUAUCACCAUCAAGCUCAGUCUUGCAAAAGUGAACCUGUCAUCCUGGGAGGCGUCCGAGGAGUGGUCGAUAGUCAUCCUCUUCUGCCGACGUCACCAACUGCCUCUUAGUGCAGUCUAUCCAGAGCAGUGUGCUUCAGACAACCAGUGGCUCCACUUCACCUGCUUUGUGCAGGCACACCAAUAUCCCAAGCAACAGGUUCUGGACUUACUGUCCAAGUUCCACAGUGCCACCAUCAAGGAGCAUCUCCAGGAUGCUUUCCGCAAUCUCCAUCUUGGGCCGGCCAUCAUUAAAGAUGACCAGCCCAGUCGGGCCGGACGGCCAGCCUCGCAGCCCACCCCACGCAUCCGAGACAUCAAGGCCCACUACUACCAACGGGUGGGAUUCCUAAGGCGACACAAUACUGACAUGAGUUCUGAAGAUGACACGACAUGCGGCAGUGAGGAUACUGUGUCAACAGAUGAAAGCACCCCACAAAAUGUCCUACCUCAAGAGCUCGACAUCAACAGAGUUCCCAAGGAUUUGUUUGGUGUCCUGUUUGAAUGUAAUGUUGCGCCAGUCCCCUGGAAGUCAUUGCUUGCUCAUGCCGUGGCCCUCCAAGAACCUGUACUUGCUGUCAUUGCUGCCUGCUAUAAGGAUUGUGUGACCUUAGACUGUCUCUGCACCUGGUUGUUGACCUCGAUGGAUGACCCGACCUCAGUAGCAAAGGUCACCGAGUCCAUGGCAUCUGUCCAGUGGCACAGCUGGAGUCUGGAAGAGCUGGCGGCCAUUGUUGAGGUUGCCAUGGCAACUGACCUGGUGACUCUGCUUGCCAAGGGAUUCUACAUAUUUGAUAGGGACUGCACAUUGAAUCCUUUCCUGAAUUUCUGCGAAGCGAUGCUGGUCAAAUGUGACACAUCGCAGGCAAAGACGUGCCUCCAAGACUUCCAUACAUCCAUCUUGAAGUGUCGUAGGAAAAGCAUCAAGGGAUUGGUGGGCCAAACUCCAAAGCCCAUGGCAGCUGUCAAGAUUGGCAACUUGCAGUGGUAUGAAGACACAGCCAGCUCUGUGGUCCACUCCAUGGUGUCUGCCUGCACCACCUACUGGAGUACUUGCCGUCUGCUUGACGUCUUGGCUCACACCAAUUUCUCAAGGAUUGUAUCCAGAGAAGUGCCAGAUUACAACAAGCUCUACAAGCUGACGCAAGCCCUGACGGACACCCCAAUACACACCCGCAUCACCUGUCUGUUGGAAGGGACCGAGUACAUGGACGAAUGCCACAGGGUAUUGGAGUGCUUGAAGGAGGCCCAGUUGUUUCAGAAGGCCAAGGAGUUUGCCACCGUUGCCGGCCUGCCGGUCGAUCAAGUUAUAGUAGAACAGCUGCAUUGUAGUCUUGCCGGCCUCCAGAAGUCCCAGGUGUGGUAUGCGGAGGCCGGCCGCAUGAUCUUCUGGAAAACCUGCCACAAUUCCUUCAAAGCCAACCAUGUGUCUGGCAGGGCUGCAUCAAAGUUCUUCCAGAGCCUAGUGAAGGAACAGAGAGACCUGUCAGUCAGGGAGAAGGCCAGCCUGCUGAGUCUGGCUCACCGGUGGCUGGUGAAGGAGACUACCAAGUCCCCUGAGCACAAGGCCGACCUUGAGAUGUUGCAGCAGGAAGCCUGGAAGUGGAGACUAACAGCUGAGGUUGAGAAGAUGGACGCUACCCCUGUUGCACCGUCAUUGCUAGAGGGGGCCUUCAGCUCAGACCAUACAGAAUGGUUCGACGAGAGGGGCUUCAAGUGUCAGUUGUCAGAGGAGUUGAUGUACAUUGCGGAGAUCAAGGUGGAUGCGUACGCCCCUCCUAUCCUAAAAGACGAAAAGGAGGUCCAAGCCUUGAAUCGGAUUCUUGGUCAGCUCCUGGACAAGUGUUGUAUCCGGCAGGCCCACCGCCUGGCCGGUCAGUUCAACCACCCUCACCAGGAUCUGGCAGUGGUUCUGACCAGCAUCCGGUUGGCCUCGGGCCACACGGCACCCGGCCACCUGGAAUCUGAGAUGAGGCGGUUGGUAGUGGCAGCAGCGGGAUCGUCAGUGGCAGCUGCGGGAUCAGCUUUGGGGUCUAGAACUGGCAUGCCUAGUGGUAUUGGGAGAGGCAGGACACGGAAGACCAGUGAUGCCUGGAGGGGGAUGAUGUCCAGAGGCAUGCUGACAAGAUCUGCCAGCACUGUAAGUGUCAGCAGCAUGGCUAGCCUGGACCCCACCGAAGACCCAGAGGAAGUGGAUGAUGCACUACUAACCAUUGAAGCCUUGUGUGCCAGCUGCUCAGCCCAGGCUAGGCAGUGUUGUGACAAGAUCAUCAAUGCCUACAGGAUAGCCCAGGUCUUAGGUAGCACCUAUGGGUCUGUGGUCGUCCAGGCACCAUUUGAUAGCCUGAAAUCCAUACUGCGAUGCAGUCACCCACAGAGAUUUGCCCUGGCCAAGACCUUUAUCCUGGCCAAUGAGAUGACUGAUGAACAGGUUGCUGGCUUUCUCUGUGAGGCUGUUAUCACAAGCCUGAAGACCCGCCAACCGCCACCUCGAAGGAGAGAGGGCACUCUAUCCUCUCGCCUCUCCUCAGCGUCCCUGAGCUCCUACGUUGGCCAGGAGAUCGGGGAGCGGGAAGAAUUUGGCCAGGCCAUCCAGCUCUGUCGCAACCCGGCCAUCUUGGGCAACCGGCUGCUGCAGGAAGCCACCUCAUUGGUCAGCUUGGACGAUGCCAACACCAAGUCAGUGUUCACUAUGGAGGUUGAGCUCAUCAUCCGUGCCCAUGAUUGUCACACUGUCUGCUGCAACAUGGAAGGCAUAUCCAAUGUACUUAGGAAGUGUCGGGAGUGUAGCAGCGCCCUAGCAUACGCCGAGGAGUACAGUUUGCUGGUGCGGUUACUGACAGGUGUCGGGAGGUACUGUGAAAUGUCUUACAUCUUUGAUGUACUCCGGGCUCAUCAACAGAUUGAGCUGCUCUUGAAGAGACGAGACAAGGAUGACAAUCUGAAGGUUGCCUUGCUGGACUAUCUGAAACGUUGCGACCCUCCCGACACUGAGGCCUACAACUUUGUCGCCGUCAAGUUGGAGAUGAAUCGAGAGAUUGCCGAGCUGCUGGAGAAAGAUGCGCAUGAACAGCUGAAAGCAGUGAGCAAGAAGACGAUGGAUGCCAACAUUGAGUUGCAGAACAGUCUGCAAGUCAUCUUACAAGACUUCACCAAGGCCGCCCAGAGCUUUGCUAAGGACAACUGCCUACGUCAUGCUGAGCAGUGCGUGAAGCAAGCCCGUCUGGUCGCAUUACAGCUUCAUUUGCUCCCAACCAAGGCGCAGGUCAUUAAUCUAGACUCCAAGGCCUUGGCUGCGUUCAUGACUAAACACCAGCGAUUCCAUGAGGCUCUUAUUGUUGCUGAUGCUUACGGCUCACACACCUACUGGCCUGAUGCCAUCUACCACAAUGUGGUUAUCCAGGGAGACUUCAAGUACCUAGAGGACUACAACAAAUGCAUGCCAGUCAACGACAUGCUGUUCAGGGAUGUCGCCAACAAAUAUCGGAAAGAAGGUAGCAAGAUGUACCUGACUAUCUGUAACAUGAAGAAACUAUUGAGUCAUUGUGAGGAGGUGCUGACGGCUUACAAGAUUGCUACAGAGCUCAGCUUCCAAGAUGUGGCAAUGCGUCUCCUGGAGGGGGACGCUGGGGCCUACUUGAAAGACGUAGCCUGAGGCAUCCCGCCCAGUGUUGUAGUCGAUUCACAAGCCCUUCCACAAAGAGAGACCAGUCAUAAGUAACCGGGGAGUGCUUUUCUCACAGAUCAUUCAUGGACAGUUCCAAGAGGGACUCAGGGGCUACGGCUCAUAAAAGGAACAUUUUUUAAUGAGUAAAAGGAUGAUUUUUAGGGAUUGUUUCCCUUCCAAAAGUGAAAGUUCCAAAAUUUUGCCUCACCUCUCUGGAAGACCAUAUAAAGUUACAUAAAGUCCCAACUCUUUGGCCUUCCCAAAACAAUUCCCCCCCCCAAAAUAUGGUUCUGUCCAUGAGUUCGUUUGAAUAGCUUUCGACUUGGCUUCAGACUGGCUGACUUGUGAUGAACUUGCCAUGGUGUCGACUACAACACUGAAUUGGCUCCCCUCGAUGGCUUGAGCAACAACAGCUUGGGGCUAUUGAUGAUGAUGUAAUCAUUUUGUCACUGUAACAUUCCAAACCGUUUUUGUACAGUCUUUCACUAUCAUUGGGACCAGGAGUUCUGUAUCAUUACCAAUUCCAAUGUUACCAGUACAGUUUUAUAUGCUUGAUUAUAAUGAAGAAUUGUUUGUUUCCGUUCUAACAAAUACAAGGCUUCUUUCUCUUCCUUUGGAGGGGAGGAGGGAUACAGCAGAGUUGACGGAGUAAUAUUGGAUGGCUUAAAGGGAGAUACAAGAAGAUAUUACACGAGCUGUAAUGACACUGCAUGAGCUGAAGACAAGCUGUAACAAUAUUGAAGAUUUUUUUUUUUUUUUUUUUUUACAUUUAUAACAGGUUUUGCCCUUA